CUUGCACAGAGAUCUCAAAACUUCAUCGACGGUUUGACUUCUCAACGCUGCUCAAACGCAGACUUGGGCCAACUGCAUUCUAAUUACGAGAUUCCCAAAGCGAAUGACCCUGAUCAAGCUUGAUCAAAAAUGUCCGCCGGUUACACGUCUUCGAUUCUGAGUACUCCCUAAUCCACUUCACCCGAAAGGUAUAAAGGUGCCCCCAUUUUCCCUUUCCCCGAUUAGUAUUCCCCCUUCUCGUUGUGGAUUCUUUUUUUAAAGCCGGAGCCAUGCCUGCUACAACAAUCACUAAUCAGCCCUGUGUACGUUUUACGCCUGGCUUUUCCAAGUCUGUCCAGCCUGCUUCGAUAUUCGCAUUGGCUCUCUCAAAUCCUCGAUCGUGGCUUGCAAGGUUUGCACGAACGUCCAUACUUUCAGUCCUCAGCGAUGCAAUAUCUGUAGGACAACUAACCAUUACCGACUCUGAGGGAUCACGUACCUAUGGCCGUUAUCGCAAGGGAAGCAACACUGUUCAACUAGCAGUCAUCAAUGAUGCCUUUUGGUUACGUUUGAUGUUUUCAGGAGAUCUGGGCUUUAGCGAAGCAUAUAUGGUUGGGGACAUAGAAGUGGAAGACCUGAAAAGUUGCAUGGAUCUAUGGCUCGAUAACCAGACCGGAAUGGAGGAGACAUUGUCAUCGUCUUUCGCUCGGAUCUCAUCGGCCGCUUCUGGACUGUACAAUAGCUUUUUCGGGCAAACCAAAAAUCAAGCGCGUCUCAAUGCCAUCGCAAGCUAUGAUCAAUCCAAUACACUAUUCAAGGCUUUUCUCAGCCACGAAAUGAUGUACUCAUGCGCGUUAUGGGACGAUGCGGAAGGUGGAGUUCGAGGGGACCUUGAAAUGGGAUCAACGCCUGGAGAUCUUGAGGCUGCUCAACGUCGAAAGAUUCAUCAUGUUCUUCGUAAAGCUCGCGUUAAACCUGGUCACCGUGUCCUUGAAUUUGGCAGCGGUUGGGGUGGUCUUGCUAUCGAAGCUGUCAGAACGUUUGGUUGUGAAGUAGACACAUUAACGUUAUCAGUCGAACAAAAGACCCUGGCUGAGGAACGUAUCAGAGCCGCGGGUCUUGAAAACAAGAUACGGGUCCAUCUUAUGGAUUACCGCGAGAUUCCUCCGGAGUUCGAAAACGCUUUCGACGCGUUCGUGAGCAUUGAGAUGUUAGAGCAUGUAGGCGCUAAGCACUACCAGACAUAUUUCAAACUCGUCGAUUUUGCCCUCAAAUCUCGCGAUGCCACGGCAGUUGUAAGUGCAUCGACAUUCCCUGAGUCUCGAUACACCGGUUAUCAGUCUGAGGAUUUUAUGCGCCGUUAUAUGUGGCCAAAUUCUUGUCUUCCUAGCGCUACUGCUCUAAUAACAGCAGCCCAGGUUGCUUCCCAUGGUAGAUUUACUCUGGAGUGUGUGGAAAACCAUGCUGCUCACUAUCCUCGAACCUUGCGUGAAUGGGGGCGAAGAUUAGAGAAGAAUCUGAGCCAAGAAAUGAUCGCGCAAGAUUACCCGGCACUCAGAGAACGUGCAAAUUACGACGCAUUCAGGAAAAAAUGGCAAUAUCUGUUUGUCUAUGCCGGCGCUGGAUUUGCGAAGGGAUACAUCACUUGCCACAUGCUUACCUUCAUUCGUCAAAACGACUGUCCAGAACUCUGUGAUUAAGCAUCCCAAAACGAGAACAUUAACGGACUCGAUCUCGAUACCUCAAUAAUUUGUCUAUCAUUAUUCAUGACCUUUAGGAUCCUCUUCACCAGUACAUAUAACAUUCCUAUGCCACUACUUACUGUCCUUUGCAUCUAUCUCUUUACGUUCAUCCGUUCGGCCUUUCUAGAAUUUUUAGACUGCAGUGUCGAUUAUGACGCUGAUUAUUGUAAAACACAUGGAUCCUGUAUACCAAUGUACAUUCUAUACUGGAGUUGAUCUCGUUUCGAACGGACAGGGGUCAUAUGGACCGUCGCUGACUCCAUGAGGAACAGCAUGUGGGGUACCGCAAAAGUUUAUCCUUAUUCUGAGGAGGCUUGGUGCCAAGUCAGGCAAUUGAUAAUCAUGGAUCCGACUCAUUCGAGUAAUA